GCAGAUGAACCCUCAUCCAAGACCUGCAGUGUGGAUUUGAAGGAGCGCUAUAAUGGAUGAGGUGCGAACAGACGGCAAUUCUCUGCUGAAGGCCAUUUAUCUGAGUCGUCUGCGUCUAACUCGGCUGCUGCUGGAGGGAGGGGCAUACAUCAACGAGAGCAACGAACACGGAGAGACGCCACUAAUGGUGGCUUGCAAGACACGCCACUCAGACACACAGAGUGUUCCCAAACACAAGAUGGUCCAGUAUCUCCUGGAAAAUGGCGCGGACCCAAACAUCCAAGACAAAAGUGGGAAAACCGCCUUGAUGCACGCGUGCCUCUGCCAGGCCGGGAGUGAAACUCUGUCCCUUUUGCUGGGCAACGGCGCCGAUCCAACUCUGCAGGACAACACGGGCUUGUCAGCAGUGGUCUACGCCAUCCAUACAGGCAACAGGGACAUCGUUAAAAUCCUCUUGGACGCCUGCAAAGCAAAGGGCAAGGAGGUGAUCAUCAUCGCCACCGACAAGCUGGCAUCCGGCCAUCAGAGCACAAAACAGUACUUGAACGUCCCUCCACCUUCGGACCCCGAAGAGCGUUUCUACUCUGCUCCGACUGGCUCUUCUCAACGCCGGCUUCCUCCGCAGGGGUCCUCAGCCAACGCAUCUCCCCAGCCUGAAAGUACAAAGAACUCAAAUGUUGCCAUGGGUGAAUUUCAACCAGGUUCUCCUGGUAAACCUCCUAGUCCGUUAUGUGUGGAUAAACGCCUUGGUCUCCAGAGACUCCACUCAGAGCAGUGGUCUAAAGGUCCAUCCUUGUUGCUUCAGAAGAGGCAGAGCUCCUUGCUGACAGAAGAACAGGUGGAAGAAGAUCUGAGCCUCCAUCGACCUCCUAUUAGUACGGACGUGAAAGAUGGCCUCCUCAACAACAUGUCAGGCGAUGACAACAAAACUGGAUCUGGAAGGCGCUUCGCUCGAAAGAUGUCCUACGAUAGUUCUUCUUCGCACCCCAACUUGCAUCAGGAGAACAAUCUUUCCUUUUCCACCUGUGCCAGCGACCGUCCGUACGACAGCCUUCGACACUUCAACAUUUCCAGUCUGCAGAAUGUGAUUUUCCGGCGCAACAUCGGUGCCGACCAUUACAGUUCCGACUCUCAGUUGCUGCAGUUGGACAGCAAAGACAGAAGCUCCAAAGGAGCCGGACCAGCCAGGCCCAAGAUGGCCAACAGCAGGUCCUCCACCCUUUCCGGUUCCAGAGAAUCUCUGGAUUAUUCUGUUUCACGGAGAGGCUCCGGGGCACUUCUUCAGGAUCACAUUGCCUCCACUCGACCCGGGUAUCUCCCGCCGCUGAACCCCUACGCUCCUAUUCCGGACAUCGGUGUCAGCUGCGGCUCCUUGUGUCCUAGCGCUGGAAGUGGCAAAGCGGUUAGUGUUGCUUUUAAAGAUCCGCAGCCCGCUCUGCCCUGUGUUUUUCCAAGGGACCUGAAGUCCAAUAAAAUGCUGUGGAGGCGUCACUCCAUGCAGAGCGAGCAGAUUAAGCAGCUGGCCAACUUUGAAGAAAAGUAGGAACACUGACAUUUGGUUUUUUACAUUCAUACGGGAAAAUACAGUUUGUGCUUCUAAAGAGAGAUGGAUUCAGUCAGAUGACAUACCGGACGUACAUGGGAAUGUCAUCUACAUGUUCAACUUCCGAUCCAGACACCUAUUUUUUGGCCUCAAAUCUGAUCUGAUUUCAAGUCACGAUCUGAUAUUUUGCCAAUAAAUUACAGAACUGUUAGCGGAACAUUUCCAAAAUGGAACGCCUUAGAAGUUUCGGGCUUUGGCUUAGUUUUGCUCGAAGAAGAUAAAGAUAACAAUCUCGCCCUGUUUGUGAUCUAUACAAACACACACACCUGUCCCUCCAGUUGUUUCAGGAGUACCAGGUGCGGGGAGUGAGAGUGGACAAGAACAAGGUAGCUUUCGGUUUCUGCCAAGGUAGUGCCACACGGUGGUCCAGUGGUUAGUGCAUGUGCCUCACAAUAUGAAUAUCCUGUGUUCAAUCCCCGGGCUCGGGAUCUUCCUCCCACCUCCAAAGACAUGCACCUGGGGAUAGGUUGAUUGGCAACACUAAAUGGUCCCUAGUGUGUGAAUGGUGUCUAUCUGUUUUGGCCCUGCGAUGAGGUGGCGACUUGUCCAGGCUGUACCCCACCUACCGCCCGAAUGCAGCUGACACAGGCUUUAGAACCCCCCGGGACCCCAAAAAAGGGACAAGCGGUAGAAAAUUGAUGGAUGGAAGGCUCCGUCCUGUUACUGUUUGUAUUUAAUCCUUUUUGCCAAAUAAAUUGUUAAUCUUCAAUCACAGUCACCUCUCUUUGUUCAGAAAGCCUCAGAAUAACAUCAUCUGGGAGGACUCUUCCUUGUAAAAGGGAGGGUCCCAAUAGAACUAAAGUAAACCUGAGAACAAGGGGUGUUCCG